ACCUGAUUCAAAAGGAUGUAUUUCACUUUCUUGCUGGAUGUCAACAUGCAGUCUGAAGCCAAUAUCACAGUCCGAGAUGAUAUUGAUGACACCACCACCAAUAUGUACCAGUUGCUAUCAUACCCACUAAGCUUCCAGGUGUCGCUGACCUGCUUUCUCAUGUUAGAAAUUGUUUUAGGCCUUGGGAGCAAUCUAACCGUAUUGGUACUUUACUGCAUGAAAUCCAACUUAAUCAACUCAGUCAGCAAUAUCAUUACGAUGAAUCUUCAUGUUCUUGAUGUAAUAAUAUGCAUAGGAUGUAUUCCUUUAACUAUUGUUAUACUCUUACUACCACUGGAGAGCAACAAUGCUCUAAUCUGCUGCUUCCAUGAAGCUUGCGUAUCCUUCGCCAGCGUUUCAACAGCUGUUAAUGUUUUUGCCAUUACUUUGGAUCGCUAUGAUAUAUCUGUAAAGCCUGCAAACCGAAUACUAACCAUGGGCCGGGCGGUUAUAUUGAUGACAUCGACAUGGAUAGUUUCUUUUCUUUCUUUCCUAAUCCCAUUCCUCGAGGUCAGCUUCUUCAGUUUUCAAAGUGAAAACACUUGGAAGAAUAAGACCCUUUUAUGUGUUAGCACAAAUGAAUAUCACACCGAACUUGGGAUGUAUUAUCACUUGCUGGUGCAGAUUCCCAUUUUCUUUUUCACUAUCAUUGUGAUGUUAAUUACUUAUAGCAAGAUACUUCAAGCUCUUAACAUUCGGAUUGGCACAAGAUUUUCAGCAGCGCAAAAGAAAAAGGCAAGGAAGAAAAAGACUAUUUCACUGGCACCCCAGCAUGAGACAACUGAUGUCUCUCAAAGCAGUGGAGGCCGAAAUGUGGUGCUUGGCGUAAGGACUUCAGUGUCUGUGAUAAUUGCUUUACGCAGAGCAGUUAAAAGACAUAGAGAACGGAGAGAAAGACAGAAGAGGGUGUUCAGAAUGUCAUUAUUGAUUAUUUCAACCUUUCUCUUUUGUUGGACACCUCUUUCAAUUUUAAAUACCACCAUUUUAUGUAUGGGCCCAAGUGACCUUUUGGUAAAACUAAGACUGUGCUUUUUAGUUAUGGCCUAUGGAACUACUAUAUUUCAUCCACUGCUUUACGCAUUUACAAGGCAAAAAUUUCAAAAGGUCUUGAAAAGUAAAAUGAAGAAACGGGUUGUUUCUAUUGUGGAAGCAGACCCCAUGCCUAAUAAUGCUGUAAUACACAAUUCUUGGAUAGAACCGAAGAGAAGUAAAAAAAUAACCUUUGAGGACAGUGAAUCGAGACAGAAAUGUUUAGCACCUCAGGCUGUUACAGAUUAA